UGCCUUCGAUACAAGUGCAAAUUUGUGAGGCUGUAGUCUAACAUUCUGGAUUAGAUUAUUAGACAAAAGAGAACUGUUCUCAUAGGGGCAAGAGAUGUUGUAGAGGGAGAGAGAGAGAGAGAUCCUACAAGGAAAGAUUGAUUAUAGUUGGAGAGAGAGCAAUGUAAUUUGUGUAAUGUUCCUUUAAGGACUGGGUUUAUUGACUUAAGUCACCUAGACUCUGACCUAGUACCAUUUUAGAAGGUGAUAUAUUUCAACCCUAGCUGGCUGUUACAUCUACGUCUCUUCCCAGGGAAGCCCAGCAAGUCAGUCUCAGAUGGAAUCCGAGGGCAACAAGCUGAUGCUUGGGCACCAGCCAGUCAGAGUGCGGUGCAGGGGUUGCUCAUCUACUUCUUCCUGUCAAGUUGCCAUGGCAUCAGGAAAGGUGGCCCUAUUUACUGCCUUCCCAGAGGGCCUAGGGGUGGGGUGGAGUAAGUGUGUACCCAUAUUCCCUGGUCCUCUAAUGUGAUCAGACAGGCGUGUUGGGGACUGUCACACAUCCUGGACCGACGCAGACAGGGGCCCAAGACGAUCACAGAGAGCAAGCUGCUCAUCCGAGCGCUGCUCAUCCGAGCGCUGCUCAUCCGAGCGCUGCUCACUCAGUAUCAUGUCCCAGUCCUGCUGCUCAUCAUAUAUUUUCACUCUCUCAUUUUCUUUCUCUGCCUCUCUUGUUAUGUCUUUCUAUCUCUCUCUUUUACCGUCUCUCUCUUUCUCUUCCUUCCAUCCAUUUGGUCUUUUCGGUAAAGCCCCACCCCACCCCCUAGACCCUGUACAGCCAAACCCAAUCCAGUUCUCAGACCCGGUACAGCCCGGCCCCAGCCCCUAGACCUGGAACAGCUCAGUCAGCUCUAGCCUGAUGCAACCCUCUAGGGAGUCAAUUUGUGAGCAGAACUUGAAAGGAGCAGGGUAAUUAUGCCCUCCUAGUUUUCAUGUCCAUGUCUUUACUCUGAGUCUGCUCUGAGUCGGCUGCACAGCAAUGUGGGUUCCAUGUACGGGAUUUGUUCUGAGGAUUUCAAACGAGGCUCUAUCACUGGCGCGUGUGUUUCCAAAGGCUGAGCAGGGAGAGGAGAGAACACAUCUGGGGAUAUCCACGCUGGCUUGGGUUUUGACUAGAUGACCCCACCUCCAUCCUCCUCUUAGAGGAAGUCAUCUGUCCGUUGUCAGGGUUACCUACCUGCAUUGCACCAUGGGAUCUCCCCUGUUGGCGGUGUUUGUGAUAUUGACCUUCUGUCUGGUGACUGUGUCAUUCGGCAACCUCACCAGCCAAAGCUCUACCUCUCUCCCUAGCGUCAACCUCAGCCUUAGCUCUAGCCCUCAGUCCAACGCCACCGCCAGACCCAUUUUUACUAGCUCAAGCCCCAGCCCCAGCCCUAUUGCUAGCCCCAGCCAUGUCCCCAGCCCCAGCUCCAGUGCCAUGCCCAGCUCCAGCCUUAGCCUCAGUCUCAUUUCCAGCCUCAACUCCAGCCCCAGCCCUAGCCCUAGCCCCAGCCCUAGCUUCAGCACCAUUCCCAGCCCCAGUCCAAACCCCAGCCCCAGCCCUGGCUCCAGCCCAAACACCCCCUGCCCAGGCCAGUGUGUGUGUGAGACACGACCCUGGUACACCCCCCAGUCAGUCUACCACCAGGCCAAGACAGUUGACUGCAAUGAACUGCACCUCCGUGGAGUUCCCUGGAACAUCUCUGCAGACACCCAGGUCCUUCUUCUCCAGAGCAACAACAUCUCCUUGGUCAGCGUGGAGCUCCAGGGUUUGGCCAACCUGACAGAGCUUGACCUCUCCCAGAACCACUUCAACCAGAUCCAGGAUAUUGGGCUGGGGAACCUCAGCCAGCUGGUCACCCUGUACCUGGAAGAGAACCAAGUGACGGAGCUGCAGGACUUCUGUCUGAAGGACCUGGCCAAUCUAGAGGAGCUCUACAUCAACCAUAACCAGAUAUCCUCAAUUGCGCCCAAAGCCUUCACAGGCCUGACCAAUCUCCUCCGGCUGCACCUCAACUCCAACCGCCUGGUGGCCAUAGACAGCCACUGGUUCCAAGCUCUGCCUAACCUGGAGAUCCUGAUGAUUGGAGAGAACCCCAUCCUGGGUCUGGAGGAUAGGAACUUCCAUCCCCUCUCCAGGCUCCACAGCCUGGUCCUGGCCGGAAUGGGGCUGCAGGAGGUCCCAUCUGAAGCCUUCCAAGGUCUUGAAUACCUGGAGAGUCUCUCCUUCUUCGACAACAAGUUGACAUCUGUCCCCAGGGAGGCCCUGCGUCUCCUCCCCAACCUAAAAUUUCUGGAUCUGAACAAGAACCCCAUCACCCGUGUCCAGGAAGGAGACUUCCAUGACUUCCCUCAUCUGGAGGAGCUGAGCCUCAACAACAUGGAAGAGCUGGUCGCAGUGGAGCGAGGAGCCUUCUCAAGCUUACCUGAGAUGGCCAAGCUGGAGCUCUACAACAACCCUCGGCUCUCCUACAUUGACCGGGGGGCCUUCACGGACAUGGGGGGACUGCGGACUUUGCUGGUUCACAACAAUGACAUCAGCCUGCUUUCUCACGAGGUGCUGUCGUCCUUCCCCAGUCUGGAUGAGGUGAGCCUGCACAGCAACCCCCUGAGGUGUGACUGCCUUGCCACCUGGGGGCCGGCUCUGGGGAACCGCUCUUCCCUCAAGCUGCUAGAGUCCCAGAUGACACUGUGCUCGUCCCCGCCCCACUUGGUAGGCCACAGCCUGCAGGAAGUAGUGAGUGGCAUUUGGAAUGUGGGUACGGCCUAUAACAGCUGUCUCCCCCACAUCUCUCCACACACCUUCCCCCCACAGCUCAACGUCACUGCCGGACGACCUCUGGUCCUCAACUGCUGGGCCCAGGCCGACCCGGCCCCCCAGUUCUACUGGGUCACGCCCACUGGGGAUAAGGUUACCUCUGAGACAGGAGGACUGGGGAUGGCAGAGGGGCGGGGCAGGAGGAAGCACUACCUGCAGGAACCCGGAGCCCUGGAGGUUCUUCACGUGGAACCGGAGGAUGCAGGUCUGUACACGUGUGUGGCGUGGAACGCCGAAGGUGCUGACACACGCAGUGUCUCUGUGUGGGUGGAGAAGGGGGAAGACUGGCAGGAUGGCAGGGUGAGUGGCAGUGGUACAUCCAGGGGCCCUGGUUCAGUCAACACCACCACUGGGUCCCUGGUGGUUCUGGCCAAGAUCAUCCAUGCCCAGUCUGUGGUUCUGGAGUGGAAGCUGUACCCAUCCUCUUCUGUUCCCUCCGUGGGGGCUCACGAGGUGCCCCAGCUGCCCCAGCCCCGCUGGGCCAGUGCCACCAUGAGCAUUCACAACCCCCAGAUCAGUUACAGUGCCCAGGUGCCCGUGGACGUACAGGAGUACAACCUCACACACCUGCUGCCCUCCACUGAGUACCGGGUCUGUUUGACCGUUGCUGCUGCCGCCUACGCCUCUGCUCAGCCCCACACCCAGCGCUCCUGUCUCAACAUCACCACCAAAGAAGCCAGCUUUGCUGUGGAGAUGGUGGCACAGCCUGCAAACGUGGCGCUGGCGGCCGUGAUGGGAUCAUUGUUUGCCAUCUGCAUUAUGGCUCUCCUGGUGGUGUAUAUGGGCCGGAGGGUGAAACAGAAGUCCUGCCACCAUUCCCUGAAGAAGUACAUGCAGCACGCCACCUCCAUCCCCCUCAACGAGCUUUACCCACCCCUCAUCAACCUCUGGGAGAGUGAAGCGGAGAAAGAGAAGGAGGGCUCAGUGGACCCCCCUGGGUCGCAGAUAGACACCUCCAAGACUUACAUGUGGUAGUGGAGGACUGCAGGAGAGACUACUUACUCUCAAGAAGACGUUUAUGAACUGUUGUGUAUUUAAUCUAGUUUUUUCUGAUUCUCAGAUUUAAGAGUAAGAUGUCAUUGUGAAAGAUACGUAUUUUUAGACUGCAAAUCUCUCACUUAUCCUUCCCUUACGCUCUUUCUCUCAAGCACACUUAGAUAUAUUGUUGAAUAAUCAUCUUAUUGUAAAGCUGUUUUCUUAUAUAAGGAGAUGUGUGCAGCAGGCCAACUAUUACUAAGUGGCCAAACACCUCCACAGAAAUACAUUCUAAUACCGCAUGUAUUCUAUAUUUUAAUUCUUUAUAUAAUUCACUUCACAGGCAAUAUUUAUGACACCACGUUGAAUUUUUCCCAGAGCGAGAGCACCUUUUAAUCUAGAACUCUGACUUGCCCACUCAUGCUGACAGGUAGAGUCUGGUUGUGGUGGGAUCUCUUGCAUGUCAACUUGCAUGUUCCUCCUGUGUUCUGGGAUCCCUGGUCCUCUCUGCCAAGAACACAGAUGUAAGGAGAUCAUUAUUUGUUUUCUUCUCCUCUGCUGUUCGAAAAUGAAAGUAUCUGACCUGUUAUGAUUGUGUAUGUUUUAGUAUGUGGUUCUUUACACAGCUGUACAGCCGUGUCAGAUCAGUGAUCUCUCCGAACAAAUUGAGGAGAAAGGGACCACGUAUAAACGGUUCUGUUUUCUUGCGUUUUCCUCUCCUCCAAUGGAUGAGCAGUUCCAGUACUUACAUCUUCAACUAAGCUUUAACAAAACCUGACCCUAGCCGAUGAGCCAGCCUGCAAUGGCAGUCAGGCUCAUGCUAUUGUGCUUUCACAGCGAGCACUGCUGUUAUUGUUACACAUAAUAGAGAAACGGCGUCUGAAUGUACAUGUAUGUUUUUUUUCACUAGCCAUUCAUUUCCCUUGAUUUCUGCAGAAAGAGUUUCUUCAUGAUAUCUACAUGUAAGCCUAUGCAGCUUUGAUCAGUUCCCUUCACUGUAACUUUACCUCUUAAUAACCUUUCUAACUAACAUUGAUCAGGAUGCGUUAUGCAGACUCUGGUUUAUUUUCACUGCAUGGACAGUUAGUUGGUCACCUUGACACAGUGUAUCUUCACUCACACAGUGAACAUUUUAAAUGCUCAAUUUUUGUCAUCUCCACUUCAACACUUAAUUUACUUGGUAAGUAGAUGUUUUGAGUAUAUCGGUUAGAGGUUGCACAUUAAAGCAGUAAUUCAUUGCAUGUCUUUGCACUCUUGUUUCUUGACUGUUUUAAACCAUGUAUGUCAUACUACAUAGCAGUUAACCAGGUGAAGAUGGACUAUCUGUUUAAAGUGCAAUGCACCUAACCAAAUGUACCCCAGCAACCAAAACAUCAGUACCAGACUACUCAUACUACUUCAGGAAAACACACGUUUUGGGCAUUACAAUUUCAUGUGGGGAAUCUCUUUUUAUGCUUAUUGUAUUAUCCAACGGAGUUAUUUAUUGGGUUAAACUGUUAUUGCUACGUUUACUUAUGUAUUAUAUAUUUCGUAACCAAUAAUGGAGAGUGAGAUUACAUCCCACGCUUCUGUUAGAGGUGUACAAUCAAAGCCAAGGAUUUUAAUUUAGAUAAUUAUUAAUUUGAUUAUCUGUGUAUGAUGAUUUUAUAGCCUAUUGUUCCACAGGUGCUGGUAAAUACAUAUUUUGAUCAACAAUAAACGAGAAGGCUUUGGUAAAACGAGACUAAUAAAACAGGGUGAAUUUGGAAAUGAGAUGUUACCAGGUGUAAGAACUCCCUCCGGCGGUAGAAGACUGAAACAGCGCAGUGUCCUGUUCUGUAAUGCCGUAGUAUAUGAUAUGCUAUUUAAUUAGAUAAGAGUUGACAGACGUGGUAUGCAGGGUAUUUUGUAACAUGAAGUUUAUUGUUAUAUUUCAAUCGACGUUUAGUAUAUUACUCAACCGCACUACGUGUGAGUGUGUGGUCUAUUGUUAAGGGUGACUGUGUCUGCGGAGAUUUCAAAUUAAUAAACUUCUGUAUCCCACUGUC